CUGUUGGAUGUGGUUAAAUCCCUUACACAUACAUAAUUUCACUUUAACUCCCAACUUUCUGCAAUGAGCAUGAAUGAUUCGCAAGAAUGAACUCGCUAUCUUUUAUCGUUUUGCCACUACUCGCUAUUUCCAUCCCCGGUUUGUCUGCCGCUCCCGCUCCUGUGAAGACCACCGUCAAGCCGAAGACGACGCAUAAUGUCAACGAAAUCGGGGAGGAGUUCCAUGAUAUGCAAUUGGAGAGCUGGGUUUUGAAUCACGGCCUUCCUGAACCUAAAUCAGGAAUCAACCUGGACAGAUGGAACGCGUCUUCCGCAAAAGAUAACCCUGAAGAGCGUGGCUUCUACCUGGAAGGAGACAUUUUGUACCAAACACAUCCCUCAGCCACCAAAAGUGCUCAAGUUGGUGAAUAUUACAAAUGGCCCAACGCCCAAGUUUUUAUCAAAAUCUCUGGUGCUUUUGCACCUCACGAGGUAAAUAUAAUCAAAAAAGCAACGCAGUACAUCGAGAAACACACUUGCAUCAGAUUCUUCUUCUAUCAGCCAGGCAUUCAAAAGGAUUACGUUGACAUAACAAACAGCCACACCGGAUGUUUUUCGUCAGUUGGGCGCACAGGCGGCAGACAAGUUCUCAAUCUGCAGAGUCCGCAGUGUGUCAAUUUGAGAACCGCCACGCACGAGCUGAUCCACUCUCUGGGAUUUUUCCACGAGCAAUCGCGCACCGACAGAGACAAGUACAUCCAAAUCGAGUGGGGAAACAUUCACAGCCAUGAGAUCAACAAUUUCAAGCGGCACGACAACUCAAACCACCAAGGCCUGGCCUACGACUUUCAGAGCAUCAUGCACUACUCUAGAUUUGCAUUCGCCAGGAAUCCACGUUUACCGACGAUCCGUUUCAAGCCGCCUUACGAAGGAUGGGAAAAAGUUGCGAAAAACGAUCAAAUGACUUGGACGGACGUCGAGAAAAUCAACAAACUAUACAAAUGUCCAUCGACUUCAGCAUCACCUACGUCUAGUUAAAUUAAUUUAACAUAUUUUAUUGCCAUGAGAUAUAAUUUAACGAUUCAUUAAAGUGGAUUGAUCCAGGGCAAAAGUUUAAAAUUAUUUGAAUUGUUGGAUGUAAUAAGCAGUUCAUCGAUAAACAAUUUGUUUUGCAAUUCGCAAUAAUAAAAAAAGGAGCUUGCUACAG